AUGGACCUCUUACUCAAAGAAAUGAACUCCAACACAGCAAUGAUGGCAGAUCUCGACUUGCCGUCGCCUAUCAACUCCCCUACAAAACCUCUUAAUUUCCCUAACCAAGCCAUCAAGUUGGAACCCCGCGAUAAGGACUUUAGCUCGUCGUCUGACACCUAUAUUAGCGAGUCUGAAUCUCGACAAUCUCCCGUUAAAAAGGAAAACCCCAACACUUCGCUAGACCGUAAUUUUGACUUUAACUCGUCCGACCAGGUCCAUCAGACUAUCGAGUCAAACAAGAACGAAAUUUCUCCUAUUGACGAGUUCUCCUUUGUUGAUAAUAAGACUCCGAUGACAUCCACCACCGACCUUAGCCACCCCACCGGCUCGCACCGGCCAGAAACUCGCUCGCUUGAUGCCCUGGAAUCGCCCAAUCGCUCCAUCAUGAAAAAAUCAGCUUCAAACUCUCCUCGUAAAAGCGUUGCUUUCACUAACUCCAAUCCUGAAAUUCAUCGUUAUCCAGCACCCAAUACCCAAACCCUGCGGUCCCACUCACCUCCUGAACCAGAACAAUUGAAUCACCAGUGGAAUAACGAAAUCAACAAGUCGUCAUCAGAGGAAGAAGAGGAUGUAGCUCCACCUAGCCCGCCUCCACAUACCAGCUUCAACUCACUUCUUAACAACGACGCUGCCGAUGAUGUUGACUCGUCCACUCUUUCCGAGCUUAAAAAUCGCCACUACAAUGAAAUGCCUUUGAAGGAAAAAAUGGAUAUCUACCUUUCCCAGAAACUGACCGGUGACGACUUGGAUCAACAUUUAGAAAACAUGCAAAAAGCUGUCGCAUUGCAAAACCAGUCUAAUAUCCAUCACCUUUCUCUCGACUUGCAGAAACACAACGCCCAAGAAAUUGAGAACCCCCUUGAGUCGUUAGCAGACACAUCGGAUGUUCAAUUGAGAUCCUCAGGCUCUUCACAUUCUUCGCUACAAUCAUUGAGAGAUGACAACCGUGUAUUACAAUCUUAUGCUGGCUGGUCUAGCUCCAAAGGUGUACAAUUGAACGAGGGUAUCAAAGGCUUAUCCGAUACCAUGGUCGAAUCCUUAAUUCCUCAGAACCAAGACUCGUCUUCUGACCACCUCGAAUUCACUUCGAAAGGCUCAAAGAAAGAGAUUGUCAGCUCUGAUGAGAACUCCUAUGACACCACUGAAAAGUCGAUCAUGAAUUUACUCAAUGGAUCGAGAUCAGACCUAGUUGGUGCAGAGACUAAGCAAACUACAGCUCCUCUCGAGACUGAAGAAACCAACGAAAUACAUUUCGAAGCAAAGCUCGAAGAAAAGCCAGAAGAAACACCCACAGAAAGACCCGAAGGCGACAGUAGCACGUCUCAACGUUUUGUUUUCACUCUCAAAGAUGAUUCGGACAUUGUGGACCAAACGGGACAGUUCUCUAUUCGUGAUCAUGUCGAUGGGGAUUGGAAGUUUGAGGACAGCCAUGAUGGAGACAAGGAGGAUAACUCUGAUUACACCAAGAAUGAUGUUACUGAAAUUGGUCAAGACCAGCAAAAUCCACCUUUUUCGACUUCAAACUCAAGAGAAACUACACCACAGUUUGAGGAUGCAUCCGAAGACUUCACGGUUCGCUCUUUAGCACCUCCAAGAUCUCCAACGAAAUCCUUGAAUGAGAGUAUUCACUCAGAGUCGGAAUCACAAAAGAUAGAAGACAAAGAAGAUAAAGAUAAAGAAGAAAAUGUUCUCGCCAAUUCAUCUAACAUUGCUCCGCCCGAAGAAUUGACGCUCCCUCAAGUUGAAAUUGGGAACUAUAGUUCUUUCGAAGACAUUACUAAGAAUGUUGAAAAGUCUGGCUCUGCGUUUGAAGACUCUUUAUCCGCUGAAAAUGAUGUAGAGAAAGCACCAACCGAUUUCUUGACUAUUUGGAGGACCCAUGAAAAGAAAAAGACGCAUCAGAAACGUUUGAGUUCGAGCCAUAUCCUUAAGGAUUUAGAUGUCCCCCAUUCAUCUGCAUUAGUUGCUGAAGAACAACGUCGUAUCCCAAAGUCGUUGCUACCAAAUAAAUUCCGUGAGGUCAAUGUCUUGUCAAGACGAGUUCUCGAUCCCGAAGUUGACGACUUACAAGUGUCAGGUUUCUUGCCAGAAUUGUCCGAUGAUUCUGGGUUCGAAACACACUUUAAGAGCAUGUUACGUGAAGCAAAUUCAACCAUGAACACUACUUCUCGCAAAAUUUCUGCCCACAAGCCAUUAAGUACCACCAACGUGUUGUCGAAUAUUGACGAUGACACCUCUUUCUCUACUCAAGAUAGCGGCUCUGUCAGACAUUCGCUUCGACCCGAGCCUGCAAAAGUACCGCCUUCAUUGGCUAAAGGAAAGAUCACCGUUAAGCCUUCCAAAUUCAGGGUUCCAUCAUUUGAAAUCAAGCGGUCAACCUCUAUUUUGUCUCCCAGAAACAUGUAUAAUGACAUCUACGAGGAUACGGUGAAGGCUCCAACGAUAAGAGGACAUGGAAUGAAAACUCUACCCAGCAUGGAUCGAGGUGAUGUGAAGCGAAUCUUGGAGACCAAACGAGUAAUCAGUCAAGACGAGUAUUCCAGGAUAAGAUUGGGAAAUAAAAACUCAAGCAGAGCUGUUGUCGCCGGCGAUGAUGACGAUUACGAUGCUAUGCAACAACAUGCCUCUAUAGUGAACACUUCAGUUGACACCGAGCUGGUCGUUGAUAAAGAUGUAUUGCCUCAUUUGGCAAAUGAGUUGCUCAGAGCGCCUAAGGCGAUGCUUUCCAGCGAUCAAGUCUUCCGUGAUUACGACUUCUACUCCAGUGCUUCCAACAUCUUCAAUAACUCACAGCCUAGUACCCGAGUCCCUUCAGCCAGCGCAAGCAAGCCUGAACAACCACAACCGGAGAUUGUGCUGGAUCGUCUUCCUGAUCCUCACCCUGACUUGGUGGUAACCCCUAAGAAGAACUCGCGCCCUGUUACACGGACGGUAGACAAUGACAAAGAAAGCGAACUUGAUUUGAAACCAACUUACAGCCCGGAAAAGUUCAACUACAAGGUGGUAGACAAACCAGAAACCAAAAAGGGAGAGAGGCUUUCGCCUAUAAAGAUCAGAUCGCCAGCCAAGGGAAGAGCUCCACUUGAAGAAAAAGACAAUAUUGCCAAUGCUUCGAAGCCUCUAGAGUACGACCACCAGCCCAAGCCAAGUACAGUGUCGGUUCCUACGCUUGAUUCUACUACGACAGAUGCAACACUCUUAAGUACGAAUCGAGAAAGGCACGAGUACACCCAGCAGGCUCAGUCACCCCCAACCCACGAACGAGGCAGAUUAUUUUUGCGAGUAGUUGGUAUCAAGAACUUGGCAUUACCUGACAUUUCUAAGCACCAGGCCGAGUUUAGUGUGACAUUGGACAACGGAGUUCAUUGUAUCAAAACACCAAACUACAAGCUUGACGGAUCUAACGCCAUUAUUGGUAAGGAGUUUGAACUCACUGUGUGUGAUUCUUUGGAGUUCAUUUUAACUAUGAAGGCUUCAUAUGAGAAACCAAACGGUACUUUAAAGGAGGUGAGAGAAAGACGGAUAGUGAAAUCCAAGAAUAGAAUCAGCCGUAUGUUUGGUUCCAAGGAUAUAAUCACCACGACGAAAUUCGUUGCUCAAGAAGCCAAGGACAGUUGGAGCCGUAAAAUUGCCCAGGAUGGCUCGUUUGCCCGUUGUUACGUUGACUUGGAUCAAUAUGAAGAUAAGAUUACGGGUAAAGUUUGCAGUUUCAACCUCACCUGUUUCAACGAAUGGGAAACUAUUGCUGUGAACAACACCCAGUUGACCAAGACCCAACCCUACAAGAUUGGACAACUUGAAGUGAAAAUGCUCUUUGUACCUAAAGUUGAAGAAUGGGAAUGUUUGCCAACUAGUAUCAAGAGUGCUUACGAUACUGCUUCGCUGAUUCUCCGUGAAGCCGAAUUUACUCACGAAGGUUACAUGCACCAAGAAGGAGGAGACUGUGAGACAUGGAAAAAACGGUUUUUCAAGCUCAAUGGCUCUUCGUUGAUUGCUCAUAGCGAGUAUUCGCUCAAGCCCAGAGCAAAGAUAAAUUUGUCCAAGAUUGUUGACGUUAUCUAUCUCGACAAGGAAAAUGCCAGAUCCACCGGGAACUAUAGAAAUUUCAGCGAUGGAUUACUUUUCGAGCAUGCUUUCAAAGUUAAAUUUGCCAAUGGAGAAACCAUUGAAUUCGGCACCGAUAAUGGUCGUGAGAAAGCCGCCUGGAUCUCCAUUCUUCAGAAAUUGGUGCACAGAAACAAGUUGCGCCACCAACCAUGGGUCAAGUUAAUGAUGCAAGAUGCGGCAAUCAGGCAAGAAAGACGGUCAAGGCCAGCAUCCAUGAUUGUAGAAUAA